AUGGGGUCUACACAGGUUCCACUGACUUCUCCCACCACCUCCCGUCCCGGUCUCGUGGAUAUUGGUGCUCACUUGCGCCUCUGGGAUUCAACAUACGCUGCUUUCUCCAAUUCAGGAGCUUUUCUCUCUCUUACUCGUCUUUUCCAAGCGUAUAGCCAUGAUGGCUCUGUGAAUUGGGGAAAGGUUGUGUUCUUGACCACCUGCUUUGUCACGAUGGUGGGCUGCGGGGUUAUCACGUCAUUCCUGCGGCGCAAGGGCUGGGGGCAGGCCUCUGGCAAAGCGCGUUUCCGCCGUGUUGCGCGCAGGGGCUACAAGCGUUCUUCAGGUACAGUCACCUCAUCUGAUGAGGACUACGAUAGUAGUGGAUCUCUAGGUGGUACCGAGAGCACUAUUCCCGAGAAGAAGAAGGAGGUUCCUCAGUGUGGGCAACGUGAGGAUGCCCAUGAUACAGACCCAGGUCUCUUGAAAAAGCAUUCGUCCUACCUAUCUUAUUCAACAUCUACCGCGACGUAUCCUUCAAUCAGAACGUUCUAUCGACCGCAUCCCCAAACGGACAAGUUGCCCACCAAGCCAUCGCCCAUCCCGCUGUUGGUCUUUGUGCACGGCUUGGGCGGGUCUCUUGCACAGUUCAACCAUCUGUUGACAAGCUUGUCCAAUGUCGGCUCUUGCUUUGGGAUUGAUCUUCCAGGCUGCGGUCUGUCGUCUUUUGCGCCCACAUCCUGGGACUCUUACACUGUCGAGGCGCUUGCGGAAUUACUCGCCACAGCCAUCGAGCAACACCGUGACAAGGAAGCGGGUCAAGGGGUGGUUCUCAUAGCUCACAGUCUUGGCUGUUCUCUAUCCGCUCUGUUGACAUCAUCCACUUCCUCAUUGGGGGGCAACUUGAAAGAACACAUUCUUGGCCUCAUUGCCGUCUGCCCUCGCGCAGGUCCACCACCUCCCAACGACGUCGCCAAAUUCCGCCGCCUCCUUCAUGUCCCUGGCCCUGUCUUUGACCUUUGGCGUCAUUGGGAUCGGCGUGGCGGCCUAAACAGCACCAGCGUCAACAGACUGGUGGGUGCAGCAGCCGAUCCCGACACCAGGGGUCUUCAGGUUCGCUAUAACAAACAGAGCAAGACUGCCGUGUGGAGACGGAUGGCGUGGGGAACACUCCCUUCAUACGACAGCAAUGGCAAGGCCGUUGGAGGUAUCCCAGGCGGGGAGAUCUGGGCGGGCAUCCGGACGCCUGUUCUGAUGGUAGCUGGCGAAGCUGACGCCGUGAACAAGCCUGUGGAGUUGAAGAAAAUCCUUGAGUUUUUCGGUCAAGUCCGGCGCAGCGUAAAUGGUGGCGCGGAUAGCACAAGCUCCAUCUCUGACGCGUCUGAAGGUCUUGACAAGGUUCCAGCAUCUCAUAGCCGACGGGCGCAUGAAGAGGAAUUUGGAAUCGAGGCACAGGUUGAGGAGAAGAGCGCGAAAGAACUUGAGAAGUCGGAGAAAGGUCCGAAAUCUAUCAAGACCGUCAUCCUGCCGGCACCCGCCUCCCAUGCGCUCCUCUACGAUCGUGCGACGUAUCGCACCUUGGCGGGAAUCAUACAAGAUUUCCUCAGCCAACAAGUUGACCACCGACUGAGCAUGGGCUGGCAGCUGCAGCAUCUGAAUACGUCGGGAAAGUGGGAUGUCAAGAACCUGGCGAAAUGGAAAAAAGUCGCCCCUGUCUCAGAAGGCAUUGGGGGCACCUUUGCUGGCUUGAAGAUGCUCCGAGAAGUAGACGAAGAACACAACCCUGUUCUCUUCUCGCAGAACUAUCGCGGGAAGAUAUAUGCCGUGAUUGACAUCAGCUACGAGAACCCGGUGUACAACCCUGCAUCGAUGGAGAAAGGCGGCAUCCACUACCACAAGCAUCCCACCGUGUCCAAGAUACCUCCCACACCGGAUGAGGUUCGGGAUUUCAUCGCUCUGGUGGACCGACUGCAGAACGAGAUCAGCGAGAAGAUGGAGAGCUCCGGCAAUACCGGUCCGCGUCCCGUGGUUGGGGUCCAUUGCCAUUACGGAUUCAACCGGACCGGGUUCUUGAUCGUCUCGUAUCUCAUCGAACGUUGCGGAUUCAGUGUGGCGGACGCGAUUGCGGAGUUUGAAAGGCGACGACCGCCCGGAAUCCGACACGAACAUUUUAUUGAUACCCUAUUUGUGCGAUACUGCGUUGGGCUGAAGAGGGCGCCCACGCUGAAGGAGGAAUGA